UGGUCACCAUGCCGGGCAGAUUUUAGCUCCCCCAUGGAGCAAACCAACUUCUACGAGGUCGAGUCCCGGCCCCCGAUGAGCAGCCACCUCCAGAGUCCCCACCACCAGCCUAGCAGCGCCGCCUUUGGCUACCCCCGGGACUCGGUCCCUCCUCAGCCUCCCGCAACACCUGCAGCCGCAGCAGCCUCGGAACAUCUGGGCGACAUCUGUGAGAACGAAAACUCUAUCGACAUCAGCGCCUACAUCGAUCCCGCCGCCUUCAACGACGAGUUUCUGGCCGACUUGUUUCAACACAGCAAGCAGCAGGAGAAAGCCAAAGCUGCCCUGGCGGGAGGUGAGUUCGACUAUCCGCAGCCGCAUCCCGCGGGCCACGCCAUGCACGGAGCCCACGGGCCUGGGAGCCACCCCCACGUCUAUGGCUGCAUGGCCGCCGGCUACCUGGACGGCAAACUGGACCCCUUGUACGAGCGCAUUGGGGCCCCGGCCUUGCGACCGCUGGUGAUCAAGCAGGAGCCCCGGGAAGAGGACGAGACUAAGCAGUUGGCGCUGUCCGGCCUCUACUACCAGGCUCAGCAGCAGCAGCAGCAACAGCAGCAACCACCGCCGCCUCCUCCAGCCCACCACCACCACCACCACCACCACCACCACCCGGCGUCCCACCUCCAGUACCAGAUCGCCCACUGCGGCCAGACCACCAUGCACCUGCAACCAGGGCACCCCACGCCGCCGCCCACGCCUGUGCCCAGCCCUCACCACCAACCACCGCAACCACCGCACCACCCACACCAGCAGAACAGUCUACCCCCGGGAGGGGGACUCAAGAUGAUAUCCUCGGACCACCGGGGUAAAUCGAAGAAGUCUGUGGACAAAAGCAGCAGCGAGUACCGAGUGCGUCGGGAACGCAACAACAUCGCUGUGCGCAAGAGCCGGGACAAGGCCAAGCAGCGCAACGUGGAGACCCAGCAGAAGGUGCUGGAGCUCACGAAUGACAAUGACCGGCUGCGCAAGCGGGUGGAGCAACUGACUCGGGAGCUGGACACCCUGCGAGGUAUCUUCCGCCAGCUCCCAGAAAGUUCCUUGGUUAAAGCCAUGGGCAACUGCGCGUGAAGAAGCGCUCCCCGCCUGCCAGCGUCUCCAGCCCGGACUCCCGGUGGCCCUCAGGCCUUUCGUGGAUUACGUCCUUCAGUCGCUCCCUCCGCACCCACCCAGACGGUGGACUGAAGGACAUUACAUCUGGUGGCUGGUGGGGUAUUCUUUUUUUUUAUUAUUAUUCUUUUUUUAAAUUUCAGGCCAGAUUGAUUUCGAGACUGUCCAAGACAGAACGAGGAAAUUCCGGUGCCAUACAACCUGGCUGGCUUUG